AUGAGAUUACAUUCUGCUACGAAUUGGCGCGACUGCUUUUUCGCGGCGCCACCCCACGGCGUUUCGCGCUUGGGGUGCAUGAUCAUGACGAUGGUGCCCGAGAACAUGAAGAAGCCGUACGAGUUCGAGCUGUUCCACGAAUCAACGAGGGACCCGGUGGACCUCUACACGUGGGGGAACGACUUCUUCCGUCCCCUCAUCGAGCUGGACAACUCGAGGCUCGAGGGCAAGGAGAACUUGGAGAAGAUCGCCGAGUACCUGGCCAAGGGAGAGAACGUCUUCCUCAUGUCUAACCACCAGACGGAAGCCGAUCCCCAGGUGAUCAGCCUCCUGAUGGAGCGUGAGGGGUACGGGGACGAGGCGUCGCGACUGAUCAACGUGGCGGGGCACCGCGUGACCACGGACCCGUUGGCGAUCCCCUUCAGCAUGGGCAGAAACCUUUUCUGCAUUUUCUCCAAGAAGUACAUGGAGACUCCCCCGGAACUCAAGGGCGAGAAGCAGAAGCACAACGUCCGUACCUUGAAAAAGAUGGCGGAGAUGAUGAGCGAAGGGGGGCAAUUCAUCUGGGUGGCACCUAGCGGGGGCCGAGACAGGCCGGAUCCGGAGACGGGCAAGUUCGUCGUGUCCCCUUACGACCCCAAGUCGGUGGAGGUGUUCCGGCUUAUGGCCGCAAAGGCCAUGGGGAGGAACAAGACGGGGCCGGUGACGCACUUCUUUCCCUUCGCGAUGUGGACCAACAAGCUUGUGCCCCCUCCGGACCAGGUCAACAAGGAGCUCGGCGAGCGGCGGCAGGCCGACAGGGGCCCCGCAAGCGUCGCCUUCGGGGAAGAGGUGCUGCCGCCGCCCGGGGAAACCUUGAAGCAGGCGGAGUUCGUCGCGAUCAUGGAGGAGAGAGUUCAGGCGGAGUACGCCAAGCUCGACGACUUCCAUGAAUCCAAGCAGAAAUGAUCGAGGGUUGGAUUCGAUUUGCACGGGUUGGGCUGGGCGUCGUCUCUCAUCACGAGGCCGGUUGACCCCCCUCAGGAACAAGUAAAAACUAUGUUCCCGCUUGGUAUGGUUGAUAUAGGCGGCGGUUGUGGCCGAUUGUAGGUGUGUUGGCUGCUGGUCAGCGUGCUGGUUUCGUUUUCUUUUUUGUCGUAUCGCAAAGCGGAGACGGGAGCUACUUCCACCCCAUCGGGGGGAGAUGUGUGGUACGUACGUGAGGUGUCCGUUGUGUAUAGAGAGGCCCGAUGCCGUCUGACCGUGGGCAGGGGAAGGCAGAGAAGCGGCGCAUCUAUGUGCGGGCUUAUUUGCGCGCGUUGCUGUUUGCUCCAGCUGUUUUGAGAGGCUUGUGUCCGGAGUGGCAACCUUCGUCAUACGCGCGCGUUGGAACGGUGACAUGCCUGCGUCGUUUUUUUUUGCGAGGCCCAGUUUCGGUUCGUUUAGAGCGUAUAUAGAUGUUGACGCAGGCGUGGUGUUGUCCUCCAGCUGUACGUGCACCGGCACGUGCCCUGGCUGAAAAUAUAUAGGUAAACCGGCACUAGAGAGAGCCACCGGCAGAACUGACGAAACUGGGCGUUUCCGACCCUCCCUGUGCUGAGCGAUUUCGUGGGCACUAUGCCGCUGCU